AUGUAUGUAUUUCAGCUUUGCUUUGAUUUGAUUCAAAAGUGGAUUAGGAGAAAUCCUAAAGCUUCCAUUUGCACCGCUGAAGGAGUUCAUGAAUUCAAGAAUAUUGCUAUCUUCCAGGACUAUCAUGGCUUCAAGGAGUUUAGGCAAGCGGUAGCAAACUUUAUGGGUAAAGCAAGAGGUGGUAGUGUCACAUUUGAUCCAGACCGCAUAGUCAUGAGUGGUGGAGCUACUGGAGCAAACGAGACAGUCAUGUUUUGCCUGGCCAAUUCUGGCGAUGCUUUCCUUGUACCCUCACCAUCAGCAUUUGACUGUGGGUGGCGAACAGGGGUGCAGCUAAUUCCUGUCAACUGUGAUAGCAAGAACAAUUUUCUUAUCACAAAAGCAGCAUUGGAAGCAGCAUACGAAAGAGCCCAACAAGACAAUAUCAAUGUGAAGGGCUUGAUCAUAGCAAACCCGUCAAACCCUUUGGGCACGGUUUUAGACAGAGACACAUUGAGAAGCCUAGUGAGCUUCAUCAAUAAAAAGAAAAUCCAUUUAGUCAGCGACGAAAUAUAUGCAGCCAGUGUGUUCAGCACUCCAAGUUUCAUUAGCGUUUCCGAAAUUAUAGAGGAAAUGGAAUGUGACCGUGAUCUCAUUCAUAACUUCACUCAGCUAGCUUUUUGCAUGAAAGUUGGUCGAUUAGUUCACAAGAUUACAAAUCGAAUUAAUUAUUUGUGGCCUCAAGAACAAGAAGGCUUAGAGCAUCUACAGCAGUGGAACUAA